AACUUCAUUCAGUCUUUCACACUUGAGCAGCAGCAGCAGCAGCAGCAGCAGCAGCACAGAGGGAGACUAAAGCUGAAACAACAGAGACGUGCCACAGUACCUCUCACACAGUCCAACCACAAGGAUGUUUUGUGCUUACAUUUUCCUGUUGCUGACCCUGAGCAGAGUAGGGCUGGGCUCUCUGCAGGACAAGCAGACUGACUUUGGCCUGAAGGUCUUCUUCCAGCUGAGCCAGGGCUUUGUGGACAAGAAUGUGGCCUUCUCCCCAUACGGUGCGGCCUCCGUCAUGUCCAUGGCUCAGCUCGGUGCUGCCGGCAACACCCGCAAGGCCCUGACGACUGCCAUGGGUUACUCUUUGCAAGAGCGAGGGACGUCCCGGCAGCAGCGUCUCCUGCAGCGGGAUCUUUCUCGGGAGGAAGGGGUGGAGAUAGCCAGCGGUGUGAUGGUGGAGAGGAAGAUGAGUUUGGAGAAGGGAUUCAGACGGGCCCUGACCAAGGCCUUCCAGACCCACCCUCACCAGGUGGACUUUACUAAGCCAGACCAGGCAGUCGCCAUCAUCAACUCAUGGGUGUCAGACCACACAGCAGGGUCCAUCCCUGAGUUCUUGGCAUCUGGAUCUCUGAGUGACGAGACCCGCCUGGUCCUCCUUAACGCUCUCCACUUCCAGGGCCUCUGGAAAGUCCCCUUUGACCCCACACUGACACAGGAGAGGAUGUUCCACUGCGCAAAUGGCAGCACUGUGCCCGUGCACAUGAUGAGACUCACCAACUACUACAAUUAUGGCGAAUUCGUAACUCCUGAUGGGGUGGACUAUGAUGUCAUUGAAGUGCCAUAUGAGGGGGACACUCUGAGCAUGCUGCUAGUGUCACCUGAACCUGAGGUCACACUGAACAUGCUCAGUGCAGAGCUGAGCAGCCAGAGGAUUCAGCAGUGGAGGGCAGAACUGAGGAAAGUCAAGAGGCAGCUGGCCAUGCCCAGGUUCACACUGAACACAGAGGUGAAUUUGAAGACUACUCUGCUCAACAUGGGUCUGGGAGACAUGUUCAACCUGGCCAGUGCUGACUUCUCACGCAUCACCACAGAUGAAAGGCUGUGUGUGUCGAAGGUCCUCCAGAAAGUAAAGAUCGAGGUGAAUGAGCGAGGAACCAAGGGAGCAGCAGCAACAGCGGCCAUCAUGUUUUCUCGUAUGGCAGUGGAGGAGAUCAAUCUGGACCGACCCUUCCUCUUCCUCAUCCAGCACAAACCCACAGGUGCUGUUCUGUUCAUGGGCCAGUUCAACCAUCCUCAGUAACAGCAACACUCUGAGGACCUGCCUAUGUGUCUGCCUACCCGCCACAUGUUGACCACACCGAACCACCAGGAUUCAUGGGACUGCUCAUGACUCUGUAGACUAAUUCAUUGAAAGGUUUCGAUUUUGAAAUGCUAAAUUCAAGAACACUGGGACAAAGAGAUUUGACAUGAAAGACGUUGGAAACCGGACUGACUGAGAUAUUCUUUGAAAGGACUUGAUAUGUUUGCUGUUUAUUUAUUUCUCUGAAUGUUUGUGGUUCACAGAUGAAGGAAAGUAAACGAAUGAGGUAGCUUACUGUUGUUUAACACAACACACACUGAUGCACUUCACAUAGGGCGAUGUUGCUGCAGACAGACUGAUGGCUGUAUUAUUACUAAAACAGAUGUAUUUUGUAUCUAUUUUUGCAAUGUGGAUUUUAUUGUGUUGUUUGCCUCGUAUUGUUACGUUUCAUUUAUAUUUUUGCAGUACUCCUAUUUAUUAAAAUUCUAUGUUUUUACAAAA